AUGUCUGACGUCUUCCGCUUCCUCGACCUGCCCUCAGAGCUUCGGCUCAAGGUCUACGAACACCUCUUCGCGGGAGCAGAAUUGAUCGUCGACGUACCGCGACGUCUUGUAGGAUCAAAAGCUUGCAAAUGCUCAAAAACUGGCAACGAUACUAACAACAAUACUUGCCAUGAUUGGGACGCAUCGAGCAAUAGCAGCUGCUUCUGCUGGAACUCUGGGCCUGCGAGACAAUUCCGGAGCCGCGGAGCAAGCAUUCCUGGCUUGUUGCUUGCGAGCAAGGCGCUUCGGACGGAGGCUUUGCCAGUAUUCUCAUUGCAACUGACGCUACAUCUCUUCGACUGUUUCUCCGAGAGGCCCGACGAACAAGUGGCAAUCCCCGACCAUUACCUGGAGUUCACUCGCACUGUCGCCAUCCGCAGCCUGGAUCCGCAUUACGAUCUCAGAACGAUGCCGCGGCUCACGGAGCUGAUUUUCUGCGUACCAAGUAUGGUUGACCUCAAAGGUGGGCCAGGCGUGCCUGACGCAGACAUCGAGAUUUUCUCUGAAGUGGCGGAUAUCGUUGUCAGGGAUGCGAUUGCUACUGUUGAGUCUCACAGAGUCAUUGGCGGCGCCUCUUCACUACUGGAUAGGAUCGAUAAACCUGACCAUUUCACGCUGCCUGAUAAGGUUAAAGUCCGCUACCCAGGGGCUGGAUUCUACUGUCCUAAGACCCCUUUUUGUGAUGAGGAGUAUAUUUGGAAGGACGUUGUUGUGGACUAUCAUACUAAGAAGAUCAUCAGUCACGGAGGACUAGGACUGAGCAGCGAUUGUGGCCACUUUUCGGAUUACGAACCUGUCACGAUGCCAGCUCUCGAAGAGCGAUCAUGA